CGUCCAACCAUCUCACCACACAUUACCCGACCGACCGAGCACGCCACACCACCAUCCCUGGCGUGCCCACUCAUCCCCUUUCCAAGAAGCGCAACCGAAGCAAUGGCCGCUCCGACGCGCCCGCGCGGGCUCGCCGCCACCGGCAGGGCGGCGCUCGCGCUCCUCGUCCUCCUCGCCGUCGCCGCGCCUCGGUGCCGCGUCGCGCGCGCGCAGCAGCAGUACGAGGCCAACAAGCAACUCAACUGCUACGGCACCAACGGCAGCUCCGUGCUCGGCUACACCUGCAACGCCACCGCCGCGGCCCGCCCCUGCGCCUCCUACGUCGUCUUCCGCUCCUCCCCGCCCUACGACUCGCCCGUCACCAUCUCCUACCUCCUCAACGCCACCACCGCCGCCCUCGCGGGCGCCAACGCCGUGCCCACCGUCUCCCCGGUCGCCGCCUCCCGCCUCGUCCUCGCGCCGCUCAACUGCGGCUGCGCGCCCGGCGGCUACUACCAGCACAACGCGUCCUAUACCAUCCAGUUCAGCAACGAGACCUACUUCAUCACCGCCAACAUCACCUACCAGGGCCUCACCACCUGCCAGGCCCUCAUCGCGCAGAACCCCAACCACGAUAGCCGCAAGCUCGUCGUCGGGAACAACCUCACCGUGCCGAUCCGCUGCGCGUGCCCCUCGCCGGCGCAGGCCGCCUCCGGGGUCAGGCACCUGCUCACCUACCUCGUCACGUGGGGCGACGGCAUCGCCGACAUCGCCGCCCGCUUCCGCGUCGACGCCCAGGCGGUGCUCCACGCCAACAACCUCACCGACAGCGAGAACAUAUACCCCUUCACCACUCUGCUCAUCCCGCUCAAGAGCGCGCCCACGCCGGACAUGCUCGUGUCGCCGGCGCCACCGCCAGCACCGGCGCCACCGCAGGCCCAGCAGCCGCCGCCGUCUGGAGGGUCGGGCAGCGGGAAGGGGGCUGCCGUCGGGGUCGGUGUUGGUGUCGGCGUUCUUGCGCUGGCGGGACUUCUUGGCCUGAUGUUCUUAUGUGUCCGGCGGCGGCGGCGACCGCGGCCCGGCGUUGUGGAAGACGGCCAUCCGGGGAAGGGCGUUCUCGACGUGCCCUCGUCUGCCGAUUACGACCCUCUUGCCUCGGGCAAGCAUGUCCUCUCGGCUACGACGAACUCCUCGUCAUCGUCGGCGUUUGUGUCCACCGACGCGCGCGCGGCGGUGGAGUCCCUGACCGUGUACAAGUACUCGGAACUCGAGAAGGCGACGGCAGGGUUCUCGGAGGACCGGAGGGUCAAGGACGCGUCCGUGUACCGCGCGGUGAUCAACGGCGACGCGGCGGCCGUGAAGCGUGUGGCCGGCGAUGUGAGCGGCGAGGUGGGCAUCCUGAAGCGCGUGAACCACUCCAGCCUCGUCCGCCUCUCCGGUCUCUGCGUCCACCACGGCGACACCUACCUCGUCUUCGAGUUCGCCGAGAACGGCGCGCUCAGCAACUGGCUCCACGGCGGCGGCGACACCCUCGUGUGGAAGCAGCGCGUGCAGGCGGCGUUUGACGUCGCCGACGGUCUCAAUUACCUCCACCACUACAGCAACCCGCCGUGCGUGCACAAGAACCUCAAGAGCAGCAACGUCCUCCUCGACGCCGACCUCCGCGCCAAGGUGUCAAGCUUCGCGCUGGCGCGGUCGGUCCCCACGGGCGUUGAUGGCGGCGACGCGCAGCUCACCCGCCACGUCGUUGGCACCCAGGGGUACCUGGCCCCGGAGUACCUGGAGCACGGCCUCAUCACGCCCAAGCUCGACGUUUUCGCCUUUGGCGUCAUCCUCCUCGAGCUGCUGUCCGGGAAGGAGGCGACGUUCGACGGCGGCGCCAAAAGAGGGGAGACGCUGCUGUGGGAGUCUGCGGAGGGGCUGGUUGUCGACGGCGAGGACGCGCGCGGCAAGGUGCGGGCGUUCAUGGACUCGCGGCUGAAUGGCGACUACCCGCUCGACCUGGCCGUCGCCGUGGCGUCGCUGGCGGUGCGGUGCGUGGCGAGGGAGCCCAGGGGGCGGCCGUCCAUGGACGAGGUGUUCGUCACGCUGUCGGCGGUGUACAACUCCACGCUGGAUUGGGAUCCCUCGGAUUACAGCAACUCCCGCUCUUCGAUCGUCGGGAGAUAGUAGGAGUACUCGGCAUUUUAUUUUGGCUGCAAAGAUUGUCUUCUCUGUUAUGGAGCAAAAUCACUUUUUUUUUAGUUGGAGAGAGCAAAAUCACUUGAUGUGUAAUCUGCUGGCGUAGCGACUGUAAAUGUGAUCGAGUCAUGUAUAGUAUACCCCAUUUCAAAUUAAGUGUCGUGACUGAGUAGUCAUGUAGCUUCA